AUGGGUGACGCUCUGAUGGCCGAGUUUGGGAAAGCUAUUACUUUCCUGAGAAAGUCGGACAAGGAGCGUCUGGAGGCUCAGACCAGACCUUUUGAUAUCAAGACUGAAUGCUUCGUAGUUGAUGAUAAGGUGGAGUACAUGAAGGGAAAAAUCCAGAGCAAAGAUGGAGGGAUGGCGACUGUGAAGAAGGAGGAUGGAACAACGGUAACUGUGAAGGAGGUAGACGUCCACCCACAGAACCCACCCAAGUUUGAUAAAAUUGAAGACAUGGCGAUGUUCACUUUCCUUCACGAGCCGGCUGUGCUGUUUAACCUCAAAGAGCGUUACGCAGCCUGGAUGAUCUACACCUACUCCGGGCUCUUCUGCGUCACUGUCAACCCCUACAAGUGGCUUCCUGUGUAUGACUCUGAGGUGGUGGCAGCUUACAGGGGGAAGAAGAGAUCCGAAGCUCCCCCUCACAUCUUCUCCAUCUCUGAUAACGCCUACCAGUACAUGCUGACUGACAGGGAGAACCAGUCUGUCCUCAUCACUGGAGAAUCCGGUGCCGGGAAGACUGUGAACACCAAGAGAGUCAUCCAGUACUUUGCCAGCAUUGCUGCUGUCAGCGGAUGCAAAAGGGACCCCAGCAAAGGAACCCUGGAGGAUCAAAUCAUCCAGGCAAACCCGGCGCUGGAGGCCUUUGGAAACGCCAAAACGUUGAGAAAUGACAAUUCCUCUCGUUUUGGAAAGUUCAUCCGUAUUCACUUCGGAAACAGCGGUAAGCUGUCGUCCGCUGACAUUGAGACGUAUCUGUUGGAGAAGUCUCGUGUCACCUUUCAGCUCAAGGCUGAGAGGAACUACCACAUCUUCUACCAGAUCCUGUCCAAUCAGAAGCCAGAGCUGCUGGACAUGCUGUUAAUCACCAACAACCCAUAUGACUACUCAUACAUCUCCCAAGGAGAAGUAUCUGUUGCCUCCAUCAACGAUUCAGAGGAGCUGAUGGCCACUGACAGCGCCUUCGAUGUACUCGGCUUCUCUCAGGAGGAGAAGAUGGGCGUCUACAAACUGACCGGUGCCAUCAUGCACCACGGCAACAUGAAGUUCAAGCAGAAGCAGCGCGAGGAGCAGGCCGAGCCUGACGGGACAGAGGCUGCUGAUAAAUCAGCUUACCUGAUGGGGCUGAACUCUGCUGACCUCAUCAAAGGGCUGUGCCAUCCCAGAGUCAAAGUAGGCAACGAGUACGUCACCAAAGGCCAGAGUGUGGACCAAGUCUACUACUCCAUCGGAGCGCUGGGUAAGUCUGUGUAUGAAAAGAUGUUUAACUGGAUGGUGGUGAGAAUCAACCAUUCCCUGGACACCAAACAGCACCGGGAGUACUUCAUAGGAGUUCUGGAUAUUGCAGGAUUUGAGAUCUUUGAUUUCAACACUUUUGAGCAGCUGUGUAUUAACUACACCAAUGAGAAACUGCAACAGUUUUUCAAUCAUCACAUGUUUGUUCUGGAGCAAGAAGAGUACAAGAAAGAGGGCAUUGACUGGGAGUUCAUCGACUUUGGGAUGGACUUGCAAGCUUGCAUUGAUCUUAUUGAGAAACCAAUGGGGAUCAUGUCAAUUCUGGAAGAAGAAUGCAUGUUUCCCAAAGCCAGUGACCAGACCUUCAAGUCCAAGCUCUAUGAUAAUCAUUUGGGCAAGAACAAAAUGUUUGAGAAGCCAAGGCCAGCAAAAGGGAAAGCAGAGGCUCAUUUUGCCCUGGUUCACUAUGCUGGCACUGUGGACUACAACAUUGGUGGUUGGCUGGUUAAAAACAAAGACCCCUUGAAUGAAACUGUGGUCGGUCUUUACCAGAAAUCUUCUCUUAAACUCCUCAGUAUGCUGUUUUCAAGCUAUGCAGGAGCUGAUGGUGACAAGGCAAGCGGGAAAGGAGCCAAGAAGAAAGGCUCAUCAUUUCAGACAGUGUCUGCACUUCACAGAGAAAAUCUGGCCAAGUUGAUGAACAACCUGAAGACAACACAUCCCCACUUUGUCCGCUGUCUGAUUCCUAAUGAGAAGAAAACUCCAGGAGCCAUGGACAACUGUCUGGUGAUGCACCAGCUACGCUGUAACGGUGUCCUGGAAGGCAUCCGAAUCUGCAGGAAGGGUUUCCCAAACAGGGUGCUCUAUGGAGACUUCAAACAGCGGUACAGAAUCCUGAAUGCCUCUGCCAUCCCUGAGGGUCAGUUUAUUGAUUGCAAGAAGAGUGCUGAGAAGUUGCUUGGAUCUCUGGACAUUGACCACACACAGUACAGGUUUGGCCACACCAAGGUUUUCUUUAAAGCAGGCCUGCUGGGAACACUGGAGGAGAUGCGAGAUGAGCAACUAUCUCGAAUCAUCACCAGGAUCCAGGCCAAUGCUCGGGCCAUCCUCAUGAGGGCAGAGUUUGCAAAGCUCAUGGAACGCAGAGAUGCUCUGAUGGUCGUCCAGUGGAACCUUCGCUCUUUCCUGGGAGUAAAGAACUGGCCCUGGAUGAAACUCUUCUUUAAGAUUAAACCCCUGCUGAAGAGUGCUGAGUCCGAGAAAGAGAUGGCCAACAUAAAAGAUGAGUUCAAUAAGCUCAAGGAAGCUCUGGAGAAAUCUGAAACAAGAAGAAAGGAAUUAGAGGAGAAAAUAGUGACUCUUCUCCAAGAGAAGAACGAUAUGACUCUGCAAAUUCAGUCUGAACAGGACACUUUAACAGAUGCUGAAGAACGCUGUGAACUGCUCAUAAAGAGCAAGAUUCAGCUGGAGGCCAAGCUGAAAGAGUUGACAGAAAGACUGGAAGAUGAAGAGGAGCUGAAUGCAGACCUCACAGCUAAGAAACGGAAGCUUGAAGAUGAGUGCUCAGAGUUAAAGAAAGAUAUAGAUGAUCUUGAGCUGACUUUAGCCAAGGUUGAGAAAGAGAAACACGCCACAGAGAAUAAAGUGAAAAACCUCAUGGAGGAAAUGGCUUCACAGGAUGAGAACAUCAUGAAGCUGACCAAAGAGAAGAAGGCACUGCAGGAGGCUCACCAGCAGACACUGGAUGACCUUCAGAGUGAAGAAGACAAAGCCAACAGUUUGACCAAAGCCAAAGGUAAGUUGGAGCAGCAGGUGGAUGACCUGGAAGGUUCACUGGAGCAAGAGAAGAAAGUCAGGAUAGACCUGGAGCGCUCCAAGAGAAAACUCGAAGGAGACCUGAAACUGACCCAGGAGAGUUUGAUGGAUUUAGAAAAUGACAAGCAACAGCUGGAGGAAAAACUCAAGAAAAAAGACUUUGAGGCCAGCCAAAUUAAUUCAAGACUGGAAGAUGAGCAGGUCACUUCAGUUCAGCUUCAAAAGAAGCUGAAAGAAAACCAGGCGAGGAUCGAGGAGCUGGAGGAGGAGCUGGAUGCUGAGCGUGCAGUCCGAGCUAAAGUUGAGAAGCAGCGCUCCGAUCUUUCUCGUGAGCUGGAAGACAUCAGCGAACGUCUGGAGGAAGCAGGUGGAGCCACGUCAGCUCAGGUGGAAAUGAAUAAGAAGAGAGAUGCUGAAUAUCAGAAGCUGCGCAGAGAGCUGGAAGAGUCCACCCUCCAACAUGAGUCCACCGCUGCCUCCCUGAGAAAGAAACAUGCAGACAGCGUCGCUGAACUAGGCGAACAGAUUGACAACCUGCAGCGUGUGAAGCAGAAGCUGGAGAAGGAAAAGAGUGAGCUGAAGCUGGAGCUGGAUGACUUAUCCUCAAAUAUGGAAAGUGUGGUGAAGAACAAGUCAAACAUUGAGAAGAUGUGCCGAACAAUGGAAGACAACAUGAAUGAGUACAAGAGUAAAUAUGAAGAGUCUCAACGGUCCAUCAAUGAUAUGACUACCCAGAGGGCCAAACUGCUCACUGAGAACGGAGAGUUCGGCCGGCAGUUGGAGGAGAAAGAGUGUCUUAUAUCCCAGCUGACCAGAGGGAAGACCUCAUACAACCAGCAGGUCGAAGAUCUACGCAGACAACUGGAAGAGGAAGUGAAGGCAAAGAAUGCCCUUGCCCACGCUGUGCAAUCUGCUCGUCACGACUGUGAUCUGCUCCGAGAGCAGUUUGAAGAGGAGCAGGAAGCCAAGGCUGAGCUGCAGAGAGCUCUGUCCAAAUCCAACACUGAGGUCUCAGCGUGGAGGACCAAAUAUGAAACAGAUGGAAUCCAGAGAACAGAGGAGCUGGAAGAAGCCAAGAAGAAGCUGGUUCAGAGGCUGCAGGAGGCAGAAGAAGCCAUCGAGGUAGUGAACGCAAAGUGUUCAUCCUUCGAAAAGACCAAACACCGCCUCCAGAAUGAAAUCGAAGACCUGAUGCUGGACCUUGAGAGAUCCAAUGCAGCCUCUGCAUCACUGGAUAAAAAGCAAAGAGCAUUUGAUAAAGUCAUUGCAGAGUGGAAGCAGAAGUUUGAAGAGUCACAAUGUGAGCUGGAGGCUUCUCAGAAGGAGGCUCGAUCUCUGAGCACGGAACUCUUCAAACUGAAGAACGCCUAUGAGGAAUGUCUGGAUCAACUGGAGACAAUGAAGAGAGAGAACAAGAACCUGCAAGAGGAGAUCUCAGAUCUCACUGACCAGCUUGGGGAAGGUGGUAGGAGCUCUCACGAACUGGAGAAGAUUCGGAAGCAGCUUGAACAAGAAAAGGCUGAACUCCAGUCGGCACUGGAGGAGGCUGAAGGUUCUCUGGAGCACGAAGAGAGCAAGAUCCUCCGAGCUCAGCUAGAGUUCAACCAAGUGAAGGCCGACAUGGAGCGGAAGGUAGCAGAGAAAGACGAGGAAAUGGAGCAGGCCAAAAGAAACUACCAACGGAUGCUUGAGUCGCUUCAGUCCUCUCUGGAGUCUGAGACCAGGAGCCGCAAUGAGGCCCUGAGAGUAAAGAAGAAGAUGGAAGGUGACCUCAACGAGAUGGAGAUUCAGCUCAGCCAAGCUAACAGGCAGGCAGCUGACUCCCAGAAACAGCUCAAGAGCCUGCAGGCAUUCCUGAAGGACACUCAGCUGCAGCUGGAUGAUUCUCAGCAUGGCAACGAUGACCUGAGAGAGAACAUCGCACUCCUGGAGCGCCGAAACAACCUGAUCCAGGCGGAGCUGGAGGAAGUGAGGGCCGCCCUCGAGCAGACAGACAGAAGUCGGAAGAUGGCCGAACAGGAGCUGACUGACGCGACAGAGCGCAUGCAGCUCCUUCACUCCCAGAACACCAGCCUGAUCAACCAGAAGAAGAAGCAUGAAACAGACCUCCUUCACCUGCAGAAUGAGAUGGAGGAGGCCAUUCAGGAAAACCGCAACGCUGAUGAGAAGGCAAAAAAGGCUAUCACAGAUGCAGCCAUGAUGGCGGAGGAGCUGAAGAAGGAGCAGGACACAUGCGCCCAUCUGGAGCGCAUGAAGAAGAACAUGGAGCAGACCAUCAAAGACCUGCAGCACCGUCUGGAUGAGGCCGAGCAGAUCGCCAUGAAGGGCGGAAAAAAGCAACUCCAGAAACUGGAGGCUCGCAUCAAAGAGCUGGAAAAUGAGCUGGAGGCGGAGCAGAGGAGAGGAACUGACUCCAUCAAAGGUGUUCGUAAGUAUGAACGCCGCGUCAAGGAGCUCACCUACCAGACCGAGGAAGACCGCAAGAACAUGGCUCGUCUCCAGGACCUGGUGGACAAACUGCAGCUGAAGGUGAAGUCCUACAAGCAUGCGGCUGAAGAGGCCGAGGAGGCGGCAAGCACCAACAUAGCCAAACUCCGCAAGCUGCAGCACGAGCUGGACGAGGCGGAGGAGAGGGCCGACAUCGCCGAGUCGCAGGUGAACAAGCUGAGAGCGAAGACCAGGGACGGAUCAUCCAAGAAGGGCCUGGAUGACUGA